AUCACCACCGUCGCCUUGUUAUGUUGUCUUCAAUCCGAACCGCUAUGGUGGGCGCUGGUCCCGCCGGCCUCCACACUUGCCCGUUUGCUCCUCGGUCGACCAAACGUCCAAGUGACGACCGAGAAAAGUCUCGACACACACUCACGGACAAGGCGGAAGUCUGGACUUGCAUUCGACACCGGGAUGGCCGACUUGAAGGAAGCUGGCCUGUACGACGAAUUCAUAAAGCGCCCACGCUUUGAUGGAGAAAAUUUGAUCAUCUGUGACAAGAAACUCGCCAAGUAUAUCAGCAUACCGCCAGGCAAAGAAAGUUUUUCAGUAGACGCUCAGAGAUUGACCCGCUCUUUCCUCCGAAAUAUGCUUCUUGAUUUCAUCCCUGAAAAACAACCCAAUGGGGCUGGCACCUACGCUUCAUUGAUGACAACCACAAUUGACCAAGGCACAGAGGGUGGAUUCGACCCUAUUGUUAGCGCCGAUGGUGCAUGGAGUGAAACCCGCAAGCUUCUCUUAGACCAAAUUCCGCAUUACUCUGGAAUUGGUGCACCGGAUUCUUAUUCUCUCACCAAUCGAGGAUCUGUGAUUGCAUACUCUGAUAGAAAGGCGCUUACUGGACAGCAAAUCGGAGAUGGAAGUAUCAAGGUUUCUACUUGGUGCGCGCUGCCAGAAGACUGGAUAGAGAUGGCAACCGGUGACAUGAGCAAGACAGAGGAUGCGAAAAGGACAGUUGUUGAACAUUGUUACGACUGGGAUCCGCGGCUUGUUGAGGAGCCAGUCGCCCGCUCCUUGUUCAUGCUGCCUGUUAGGUGGGAAUGGAGUGAUCGAUCUGGAUUUACGUUGAUCGGUGAUUCUGCGCAUGUCAUGACGCCUGUUGCCGGCGAGGGGGUCAAUCUGGAGAUGCAGGAUGCGUUGGUUUUGUCUCGGGCUAUCAUUUGGGCAUCCAGCUCCCCGGGUGCAACCUCUGUGCUUCCGGUUGAGAUCAAGGAAUCCGAGAAAGACAUGUUCGUUCGUGCCAAGAAGACUGCAGAUCUAACGCGCCAUAUGAUGCAGUGGUGA